CCAGGGUGUGCUCGCGGCCACCAUCACAGUCCGGUGAGAGCGCAUCACCUUUUAGCCGCGAGGCUAGCGGACUAGCACAACACCGCCGUGCGCGCGCGACUCCCCUGCCGGCCCGCCUCCACCACUGCAGGACCGGUGAUGUCUGCGGCCGACUGGUACGCGCACAAGUCGCUCGGGGACGGCCUCUUCUGGAUCCAGGAGCGCUUCUACCAGUCGGAGAACCGGGCCAACAUCUGGCUGCUGCGCGGCUCCCACCAGGACGUGGUCAUCGACACCGGUCUGGGCUUGAGGAGCUUGCCGGACUACAUCGACGCCAAGGGCUUGCUGGGUCAUGAUCCGCAGAAGAAGAACCCGCUGCUGGCCGUCGCCACCCACGCCCACUUCGACCACUCGGGCGGCCUGCAUCAGUUCCAACAGGUGGGCGUCCACAGCGCGGAGGUGGAGGCUCUGGCCAACGGGGACAACUACGAGACGGUGACCUGGCUCAGCGACCGCGAGAUCGUGGAGCCGCCCACUCCCGGGUGGAGGGCCAGACACUACAAAGUGAAGGCGGUGCAGCCCACGCACAUCCUGCAGGAAGGUGAUGUCAUCAACUUGGGAGACAAGCAACUGACGGUCCUGCAUCUGCCCGGUCACUCCCGGGGAAGCAUCUGCCUCCACGACCGCGACAACAAGAUGCUCUUCAGCGGCGACGUGGUGUACGACGGGGCCAUGAUCGACUGGCUGCCUUACAGUCACGUCAGUGACUACAUCAGCAGCUGCGAGCGCCUGGUGGGGCUGGUGGACAGCGAGCAGGUUGACCAGGUGCUGCCGGGACACUACAACACCUUUGGCGCCAAACGGCUCCACCGACUGGCCAGCGCCUACAUCAGCAGGGCCGAGACCUGCCCCGCCAAGUUCUCCACCUUCGCCUGGAGAACGCUGGCCGGGGUCGCGCUGAGGGCAUCGAACCCACGCAGCACCUGCUGAGGAGAAGGUGCAGCGGCACCUGCACAAAUAUUGUUUCUCGGACCUUAUAAAGGUUAGGAAGGUUUUUUUCCCCCUCCUCUUUAUGUGCAAUGGAUGUUGACUAAAUGAUGUACUUGCCAAACCUCUCUCACGGGUCAUAAUACUCAAUCGAAUGAUGCGACAGCAAAUAUUUAUACAUGUGAUUGUGUGACAAAGCUGUUCUCUUGAGUUUGCCAUGUAUCUUUUUAUACUUUAUGCAAGUUUAAGAGCACAAUUCCGAUCUGCACGUCAAACAGAAAGAGAUUUGAGUUCUUCUGAGUUCCAGCACACGGACCGCAGCAUCUCUAUGCAGAACAGAGCGCUCAGCUAAGACUCGACUACCUCCUUUGUUUGUUACUGUGCUUUGUAUGAUAAGCUCAUCGAGGACACGUGUACAAUAAAUAAAGCCUCUG